AUGCGUAGUAUCCCCAUUUCCCCAUUUCCCACUACAUUCGUAGGCGAAUUCGACCCGGUCUACAUAGUCCGCCUUAAAGACCCACCCGUCACCGCAUAUUCCGGCGGAAUUGGCGGCUAUCCGGCCACCGCGCCCGCCGCCACCGCCGCGAACGCGCUCGGCAGGCUGGCGAAAUCGGCGAAGAACGCGGCGAAGCAGCUGUUGAAGCGGACGAAGCUGAACGCGCGCGCGCCGAACGUGAAGGCGUUUGUGAAGUUUCUGAAGAACCAGCAAUUGAAGGUCGCGAAGGACGUUGGCGUUGCCAGAAACAAGCUCAUUCACAGCUACACGCACGUGGAGAACGGGUUCGCGGCGGUGCUCUCGCCGAAGCAGGUCCGAAGUCUGCAGAGCCACCCGGACGUGGCGGCCGUCACGGAGAGCGUGCGCCUGUCGCCCUCCACCACGCACUCCCCGCAGUUCCUGCGCCUUCCGCAGUCGCUCUGGGCCACCGCGGGCGGGGAGACGUCGGCGGGGGAAGACGUGGUGGUGGGCGUAAUCGACUCGGGGAUCUGGCCCGAGCACGCGUCGUUCGUCAACACGGACGUGAACCCGUACGGCGACCCGCCGGCGACGUUCAAGGGCGAGUGCCAGACGACGGCGGACUUCCCCGCGUGCAACGGCAAGGUGGUGGGCGCGCGCUACUUCAACGGCGCGUUUAGCACUCAGGUCAAGGGCAAGAUCGAUUUCUCCACGGACUUCAACUCGCCGCGCGACACGGACGGCCAUGGCACGUGGUGUGCCAGCGCGGCGGCGGGCAACAACGGCGUCCCCGUCGGCGACCUCACGGCGAGCGGCAUGGCGCCGCGCGCGCGCCUCGCGGUGUACAAGAUCUUCUGGACGCACGCGGGCAGCAUGUGGGCCAACUCCGCGGACGUGAACGCCGCCGUGAAUGCCGCCGUGGCGGACGGCGUGGACGUGCUCAGCCUGUCGUUCGGGGGCGUGGAUCCGCGCGCUACCUACUUUGACGACCUGCCGUUCCUCAACGCGCACGCUUCUGAAGGGCCCGUUACAAUCUCUUCCAAGGAACUCAAGGGCUUGACCUUCCUCGAGUCCCCCGACGACCCUGACGAGGCGCCUCUCCUCGCGCCUUUCUCCUCCACCGGACCUCUAGCCGCCCCAGCCGCCAUCCCUGCUCCCGGCCGGCCCACUAACGACAUCCUUAAACCCGACAUCAUCGCUCCUGGCGUUCAGCUAUGGGGCGCCGCGCCCAGUCCCUCACUCACCGACUAUGACAACUAUUUUAAAAGGCUCUCUGGGACAUCCAUGGCUACACCGCAUGUGGCGGGAAUUGUGGCGCUUAUCAUCCAGCAGAAGCCCACGUGGACUCCGGCGCAGAUCAUGUCAGCGAUCAUGACCACGGCGAGCGUGACAAACAACAGGGACGCGCUGAUUCGCACGAUGUCGAGAGCGCACCAGUCGCCACCAAUAGGCGACCGCGUUGCGACCCCGUGGGAGAUUGGCGCGGGGCAUGUGAACCCUACGAAUGUGCUCGACCCUGGGUUGACGUACGACUCGAAUGAGACGGAAUACAGAAAUUUCCUCGCGGGUUUGAACAUGAAUCAGGCGAAGAAGGAGUUUCGCUCGAUGACGGUGAAGGCCAUCCGCGCGUGCAAUCUCAACCGUGCGUCCAUAAGCGUGUCGAAGCUUCAGCGGACGCUGACGGUGACGCGACGGGUUACCAAUGUCGCCAGCGAGACUUCGACCCGUUCAGCCCAUCAAGUAAGCAGCAGGGAUAGGGAGGCCACGCGCAUUCGUCCCGCAUUGCGCCCUCCGAGCCGCUCAGCGCCGCGUUACUCUCCCUUGCGCACACGUUACUCUGCACCAACGCUGCGCACCCUCCGCGCGAAGCUUCCCCGUGCACCGCGAGGCGCAAUGGCGCCGUCGGUCCGGCUGCUGCCGAACGUGGUGGAAAUUCAGGAGACCGUUCACGCGCUCCUGUACCGCUCGUACGGUCUGCGGCUCGAACAUUUCAUCGUAGAGGACGGCCACACGCGCAUGGCCUGCUGGGUCCCCGCCUCGCACGGGAAACCCGCCUACGACGACGGCGACGGCGACUCUGUCGCCUCGCCGGCGACGGCCAGCGAGCGACGGAGUACCAGCCGCAAGCCGCCAUUGCUACUGAUCCACGGAUUCGGCGCGUCGUCGCUGAACCACUGGAUAAAGCAGAUACCCGUGCUGUCGCGGCACUUCGAGUUGUACAUUCCGAGCCUCGUCUUCUUCUUCUCCUCCACCAGCGCCAGCUCGAAGCGCCGCGGGGAGUUCUUCCAGGCGGAAGCCAUGCUGGGGCUCAUGGACGCGCUCGGUAUAGAGCGGUGCCAAGUGGUGGGUCUCAGCUACGGCGGAAUUGUCGCGUACCGUCCACCACCGUUCAAAGUGAUACCACCGGCGCCACUGAAGGCGCCGCCAGCAAUUCGCUGUCCAACUCUCCCUGUCGCUCUCCCGCCCGACUCCCCGCCCGUUUUCCUUUCCCCCCGUCUCUCCCGCUCCCCCCGCCUCCGCCCCGCGCCUCUUCCCCGAUGCAGCAUGGCGACGCUCUCCCCGUCGCGCGUGGCGCGGCUGGCGGUGGCGGGGUCGGGCGUGAUGAUGAACCGCGCGGAGUACGACGCGCUGAUCGCGCGCUGGGGCGUGGAUAGCACCGUUCCGCUCUUCCUCCCGCGCACGCCCGCGGAGCUACUGCGCCUGAUCGGCAUGGCGCACCGCGAGACGCCGUACCUGCCCGAGUGGAUUCUCCAGGACGCUGUUGACGUGAUCUUCUUCCUCAUGCCCUUGUGCUCGCUGUCGUGCUCGCGCGUUCCAUUGCUGCGCUGCCGGUUUGCUGCAUUGCUCUCACGCUGCAAGCUCCGAUGUGAUCUGACUGGUUCAUUGCAUGUGAUCUGGGCCCGUUUCGUUCAUGUGUGGGGUGCAUGGUACAUGGUGCAGCGCUUCUUUGAGAACAGGGAGGAGAAGGCGCAACUGCUGGAGGACCUGCGCGAGCAGAGAGCGCGCGGCAACGCACACUACCCUGAGACGCUGAUCGUGUGGGGAGAGGACGAUGCAGUGUUCCCAAUCUCCAUUGGUUACCGCAUGCACAAGCACUUUGGAUCGUGCAGUCGCCUGGAGGUGUUUGAAAAAGGUUCACAUGCACUACAGGCGGACGACACUGCUCGCUUCAACCACACCAUCCUCACCUUCUUACUGCACGGCAAUUCUUCCACCCACACUCGCUCCUCCUCUCCUCCUUCUGCUGCCGCUGUUAAUGCUGCGCCUGCUGCGUUCCCACCUGGUUUGUUUUCUGCUGGAGUGGUGGCGGUAGCAGCCGGUGCAGCAGCAUUGGCGGCCGGGGCUGUGGCUGCGAUUUCAGCAGCAACGGUGGUGCAAUAG